AUGAAUUUAAACACGAUUUGUAAUAAAAAUUCAAGCAUCGAAGAAACAGUCACAAGCUCUCCUUCUUCUUUGCCAAUUUCAGAGCCCACAAAUGAAGCAUCAUCGCUUCCUUCAUUAACUCACCUAUUAAUAUCUUCACCACCGCCACCACGAUCUUCUUCUUCUACACUUUCUCAAAAGCCGCCUUCAUCACCACAACUACCACAGCCACGAUCACAAUCGCAAGAACUUGUGCAAUUAUUACCACAUCAUGUUCAUGUUCAUGAUCAUGCUUCAUCUGUGGCCAGUGGUUCAAAUAAUGGUUUUAAUAAUAAUCAUAAUAAUCAUGAUAAUAACUAUAAUUAUUCUAAUCACCCACAACAAUACGAACAACAAAUAAUUCAUCCCUAUCAUAAUCGUCAAGAUAAUAACACUCAUAAUAGUAAUAAUUAUUAUUAUCAACAACAGCCUUCUGAAUCUUAUAAUCAAUAUCAUCAUCAAAAUCACCAGCAAUCAAGGCAACCAUAUCAAGCAUAUCAACAUCAUCAACAGCAACAAAUACAAUCUAAAUCUCCUUCUCUACCACAUAGCACUUCUUCACAACAUCAGCCACAUUUAUUAGAACAACAACCAUUAAACUAUGAUUCUAAUUAUUAUUUAAAUUCUGCAGGACAAUCAAUCUUUAAAUUGGGAAAGAUCGCUCAAUUUGCUGCACAAAAUCGUGAAGCUAGGAUAAAUUACGAUCAUCGUAAUAAUAGUAAUAAUAGUAUACCAGUCGAUGAAAAUCAUUUGACUUUUAUGAUUAAUAGAACAAUCGAUAUUUUAAAUAUUUUAAAUGGUUUAAAAGGCGAUGAAUUGAUGCGUAAACAAAAAGCUAUCAUAACUGAUGGAAAUGUUUCACAAUCAUCUCGUUUAAAAUAUAGAAAAAGAAAUCGAGCAGCUCCGCCUGGUAGAUGUCAUUCUUGUGACAUUUCUGAAACACCCGAAUGGCGUAGGGGUCCUGAUGGUGCAAGAACAUUAUGUAAUGCUUGUGGUUUACGUAUGUGUUUUUUAUAUUUUUUAUAUCUUAUUGAAAAAUAA